CUAAGGUCGGUCAGUCCAAAAUUGAAGCUCAACCGUCGUAGACCCGCCGCAGGACAUCACAAGGGUCUCACACUUCAGGUUGAUAAAGACGGCGCCAAAAUGUCUCUCUUCCGGUCUAGCUACUACGAUAAAGAUUACCGCGCGGGGGCCGCCCUCCUCCGUGCUCGCCGACCAUAUCUCGUGAAGAAUGCAUUGACGGGCGUUGUCCUUUUCGGCUUCUGCGUUAGCGUCUAUGCUUUCACAAUCAAUGCUGUCGGACAAGAUGAUUUCUCGGACGUUAAGGUCCCCGAUGCGCCUAAACAGCCGAACAAACAGUCGCAAAAUUCAUAGACAUCAUCCUCGCAACCCAUUUUCUUCCCUAACCCUUUCCUACUCCCAUUUUGGCUGCGACAAUUUAGCAUUUGACGGUCCCGGAGUUACUUAUUUAUAAGGCGUUUUACACGGAAAUUUCAUGAAUUGCGGAAUUCUGCUUAUUUCUUAAGAAAUGGAAACCGUGGGCAAGCGAGGACUGGCGCUACCAUCCAGCUCACCCCUCUCGGUAGACGCGAUAGCCGGCAGCCCCAUCUGUCACUUCAUUUUCUUUAUUGUAUUCAUACUCUGUACGAACCUUGUCUUGUGUACAUACAUCACGCCACUCACUGGGAAUCAGUUUAUAGGACUUUAUGCAACCUUGACAGGUGCUUAGAGCACUAAAGGAGUCUUGUCGAAACUGGUAUGGCUUUUCUUAGGGAGACAACUGACAAAAUCGCAUCGAAUUACACCAAGAAUUAUUAUGUACACAUGAGUGUGCAUCCCUCUGGGAUACUCCGACGCAUAUCAACACCCGUAUGCCGCCAAUGGCAAGAACAAAAUGCCCCAAAGCAGGAUGAACUUCCACUAAAUGGCCCCUUUUCCAUGAUCCCAACCAGAGCAUAAGAAUUGAAUGAGAGGAGCAAAAAGCGGCCAACACCGAGAAGAAAUGCAGUUAUAAGAAUAGAAUAAAGCCCCUUGAAACAAGUGAAACUCCGAGCUCCGAUAGUUUCUCCCCAAGAAAAAAAAAAAAAAAAAAAGUAAAGGUCGUUACACCGGUUGAAGGCCCUCCGAAUGUAGUAGGAGACGAUUUCUAACGCUGAACAAAAGAGGGCACAGCCACCAACGUAAAAAGCAAAUCAUCAUGAUGACUCUGCCCCAUAUGCAUUACCAAAAAAACGUCUGCAAAUUUGACUUUGACAGGGGGGAAAAAGAGUAUAAUCAAGGCCCAGGUAUUGAGUAACACUGAAAUUCACCCCUCUGAAUUUUAUGGGUUUGUUACCCGACUUCUCUCGGAACUUCCAGCAGCAAUACCAGCAUUCUGAUGCAUUGAACCAAAUGAUUGUGGCUUUUGACGUGCUGCAGAGGUUGGGGAAGAUGGCUGAGCUUCUCUUGAAGCUAUUCCAAACCGGCCAGCGCGUAUAGUGGAUGAUGAAGGGGAAUAUGGGAUAUCUCGCACGGAACUUGGUGGACCCAUUGGCUCCACAGGCGGGCCAGGGGAGCGUCGCCCAAAUUCGUGCUUCGGAAGAGCUUUCUGUGGGUGAGGUCUGCGCACAUCUAGAGGUGACGAAGAUAGAGAUCGAAAAGCCGACGGUCCAUGCAUGUCAUCACUUUCGGGAUGGCGGCUG